AUGCCAGGACGUAUACCCAGGAUUCGACCUGAGUACCCGUCUGAAAGGGGUAAAUUAGUUUACAUCACCGGAGCCAGCCGCGGUGUUGGGCAGUCGGCAUUGGACGCGUACGCGCGAGCGAGUUAUCCAUCACCGCCCGUCGCCGAGCUGUAUGACGUGACAGAUGAGAAAGCGGUGGGCGACAGCGUGAAGAAGUGUAUCGAGAAGUUCGGGAGAAUCGAUAUCUUGAUCGCGAAUGCUGGGUUUGUGGAGAAGUGGAAGAAGAUCGGGGCGGUAGACCCGGACGAAUGGUGGAAGACUUGGCUGAACACUCCAAUCUCCCAGUCACUUUUUGACCAACAUAUCGAACGGCGAGUUCAGACUGUUAACAUCCGCGGUACGUCCAACGUCAUUCGCAUUGAUCACUUGGUGGUCAGUAAAGGAUCUGCUGUCCUGUUGUCAUCUUUCGGCGCGCAACUCAGGCGUGUGAGUUUAUCCAAGUCGGCGAGUCUUCCUGAUGAAGGGGUACAUCAACUUCCUGCUGACCGUCUACCGCCAGAGUACGGCUCCGAAGGUGCCAAAGUAUUCGCGGUCCACCCAGGAGCUAUCGUUACCGUGCUAGCGAAGGGUAAUCCAUCCGUUGUGCAAUUCCUCAAGGACAAGAUGGAGAUCGGCAGCCACGCGAUAGUGAGAUUGACGUGUGGGUAG